AUGAAGUUUACCAACUUGGCUCUGGGAGCCGCGUCCGUCGCAUCGGUCCUGGCGGCCCCUGUCGACAGCGCCUCCAAGGAGAAGCGCGCCGGCAGGUUCACCUUCACCGGUGUCAACGAGUCCGGUGGCGAGUUUGGCCAGAACACUCUGCCUGGACAGCUCGGCAAGGAGUACACAUGGCCCAACAAGACGGCCAUUGACACCCUGAGAUCAGCCGGCUUGAACACUUUCCGCAUUGGAACCAUGAUGGAGCGCAUUAUCCCCGACAAGCUGACUGGUACCAUCAAUGAGACCUACUUCUCGGGUCUCGAGGACCUCGUCAAGGACGUCACCUCAAAGGGCUCCUACGCCGUCAUCGACCCUCACAACUACGGCCGAUACUACGGCAACAUCAUCACCAGCUCCGCCGACUUUGGUGCGUGGUGGAAGACUGUCGCGGCCCGCUUCAAGGACAACGACAAAGUGAUUUUCGACACAAACAACGAAUAUCAUGACAUGGACAACACGCUUGUCAAGGACCUCAACCAGGCGGCCAUUGACAACAUUCGCGCUGCCGGUGCUACGAAGCAGUUCAUCUGGAUCGAGGGCAACUCUUACUCGGGUGCCUGGCACUGGAUCGAGAGCGGCUCCGGUGACGCAUUGAAGGACCUCAAGGACCCCGCCGACUCGACCGGCAAGCUUCUCUUCUACGAGAUGCACCAGUACCUUGACACCGACGGCUCAGGCACUAACGAGGCGUGCGUCAGCAGCACCAUCGGAGCUGAGCGUCUUGCCGUGGCGACCAAGUGGCUCAAGGACAACAAGAAGCAAGGUGUUCUCGGCGAGAUCGGUGCCGGUUCCAACGAGCAGUGCCAGACCGCCGUCAAGGGCGCUCUCCAACACCUCUCGGACAACUCGGAUGUCUGGAAGGGCACACUCUGGUGGGCUGCCGGGCCUUGGUGGGCCGACUACAUGUAUUCCAUGGAGCCUACGACGGGCAAGGCGUACGCCACAUAUCUCCCGAUUCUCAAGAGCUUCGCUUAG